UGCCAGAUUUAUUUCAGUCUACAAUAAACGACGACAUUUAUCUUUGAUUAAAGAUUCCGAUGUCGCCAGCUAAAACAAACAAAUUUACUGUCUUAAGAACAACAGCCAAACUGAUUUUUCGAUGCUUCAUAUAAUCCUUGACAUCGUGUGAAAUGUGAGCCCUGAAAGAAUCCCACACAAGCAUUUAUCCCUGAGACCCACCUGCGACGCGCGAAAUUUAUGCUCCAUCAUUACAUCCUUUGUUAACCAGGCCUUGCUUUGGUUUACAUCCCACAUGUCAUGAUUCCUUUGCAAAGGCGAAUAUUUGACCUUAAUUAUCUGUCAACAGAGGCGUCAAGUUGCUGUCAUCGACUUUGGCGGAGUACAACUGUUAUUCUCAUAAAGGCAAACGUUCUGAGAUUCAGCAAACCGGAGACGUUCACCAGUUGUUUCCAUUUUUUUGCGUCGCGGGUUUUCCAACUAAACAGCAGUCUCGUCCACUGGACCGCGUUGGAAGGAACACAGGUUUAUCUGGUAUCGGCCAAAUACUUCAGGUGCGAAUCAAUAUGACUUUAUGCAAAGUUGCCAAAAUUGUUAACCGAUGAAACGAGAAUUGAUUGCGCCUCAUAUUUGGUCACAGCCAUCAGAUGCCUUGAGCCAUCAUUAAUGUGCUACCGUUAAACGAUCUCUUGAGCAAUGUGGCGAACAAUUUUUCUGGUCACGCGCCCCUUUGCAGACUUUGAUCUAGAAUUAUACUAGCGAUCUCUUCAUUAUAUUUAGUAAAGAUGCUUGUGCGCCCGCCGCCGCGUGCUUCCUACCAGAUCGCUAGAAGGAGCCUCGAGAAUUUCAGUAAGGUUCGCCCACCAGAUCAGCACCGUCCCAAGGGGAGUUUGAGCUUCUUCGCAGCCCGUGUAGGCUUACUUCCAGUAAAAUCGAUCUAUCAUAUGAUGCCUCCCGUUUCGGCAUCGCUUUAAAAUUUGCACCGACUACGUGCUGGAUGCACUGCGAACAAAAACCGCCAGUGCGCUCUUUAAAGGAGGGCGUUUAUCUAGUAGAGUGUAUUCUAAAAUGGGGGACAAUACCCGUUUAGCGCGCUGUAAUAGAAAAAGCGCUUUGAUACAUCAUCAACAAACUAGUUCAAAUAUAUUGUAUUCUCG